AUGGACCUUAUCAACAAGGACAUAGAGGACCUUCCAACUCUUGACCCAACCAGUUUGGCUUUAAGGUCAAAUGCAGAACAAGUAAAUAUUUUAUGCUUUCAGGUUCCACAAAGCUUUGAAGAUGUUGCUGUUGAGUUUUCAGAAGAGGAGUGGGAGAUGUUAAGUAAACAGCAGAAAGAGCUACACAGGAAUGUGAUGGUACAGAACUACGAGAACAUGAUUUCUGUAGGGUAUCAAAUCCCAGUGGAGCAUCUUUGGGUGUACAUUAAGAAUGAUGACACUGUCCUAUCUGCUGCCAGUGAAGGAGGCAUAGCAGUGCAGGAAAUGCAGCUUCCUGAUACCAGUAUCAGCAUCAGCAGGAGCACAGAUUGUAAUGAGGUCUGGAGUCUGCAGUCAUCACAGGACACAUUGCUUAAUUCUGAGCGUGAUAAAGCUUUGCUGGAGAACUUAGUGAUUACAAGACGCAGCCUGGUGCCAAGUGAAAGCAAACAUCAUAAAUGUAUGGAAAGCAAAGAUGAAUUUGGCAAGAAAACUGAACUGGAGAUGCAUCUGGAACCUCAAGAAGGAAAAGAGCCAUGCAGGCUUAAUCACAGUGAUAAUUUAAUGCUUCACUUUAGCGGCCUGACUGAUCAGUUAAUUCACAUUGGCAAAGGAAGAAUGAAUAUGUCAGCAAUACAUAAGCAAGUAUACAAUAGAAAGAAACAAUAUAAAUAUGCCAUACAUGACAGGGGUUUCACAGGUAAAGUAAAAUUAGCAACAAGUAACAUUACUCACACCAGACAGAAACUCCUAAAAUGUGCCAGCCAUGAAAAACGUUUUACACAGAAGUCAAGAGUAGAAAAACAUCAGUAUAUGCACACUGGUGUGAAACCUUAUAAGUGUGCUACAUGUGGAAAGGGGUUUAAACGGAAGGCUACCAUGGUAAAACAUCAGUACGCACACACUGGUGUGAAACCUUAUAAGUGUGCUACAUGUGGAAAGGGGUUUCUACACAAGAGUGCCAUGGUAAAGCAUCAGUAUACACACACUAGUCUGAAACCUUAUAAGUGUGCUACAUGUGGAAAGGGGUUUAAACAGAAGGUUACCGUGGUACAACAUCAGUAUACACACACUGAUGUGAAACCUUAUAAGUGUGCUACAUGUGGAAAGGGGUUUAAACGGAAGGAUACCAUGGUAGAACAUCAGUAUACACACACUGAUGUGAAACCUUAUAAGUGUGCUACGUGUGGAAAGGGGUUUCUACACAAGAGUGCCAUGGUAAAGCAUCAGUAUACACACACUGGUCUGAAACCUUAUAAGUGUGCUACAUGUGGAAAGGGGUUUACACAGAGGGAUUACAUGGUAAGACAUCAAUAUAUACACACUGGGCAGAAAUGUUAUAAGUGUGCUACAUGUGGAAAGGGGUUUACACAGAAGAGUCACAUGGUAAGACAUGAGCAUAUCCACAAUGGUUUGAAACCUUAUAAAUGUGCCACAUGUGGAAAGGGGUUUACACAGAAGGGUACCAUGGAACAACAUCAGUAUACGCACACUGGUCUGAAACCUUAUAAGUGUGCUACAUGUGGAAAGGGGUUUACACAGAAGAGUACCAUGGAACAACAUCAGUAUACACACACUCGUGUGAAACCUUAUAAGUGUGCUACAUGUGGAAAGGGGUUUAUACGGAAGGGUACCAUGGUAGAACAUCAGUAUACACACACUGGUCUAAAACCUUAUAAGUGUGCUAUAUGUGGAAAGGGGUUUACACAGAAGAGUAUCGUAGUACAACAUCAGUAUACACACACUCGUGUGAAACCUUAUGUGUGUGCUACAUGUGGAAAGGGGUUUAUACGGAAGGGUACCAUGGUACAACAUCAGUAUACACACACUGGACUGACUGGGGUCCUAAUGGAGAGAUGAAAAAGUCAGCAGACGAGAGGAGAGAAGUAGUGCUGAAAUUGAA